AUGCUCGGUUUAUAUACAAUCGGUGAUUUAAUCUUACCUAACAGCGUCACCCCACCAGUGGUGAACACUGGUUCGGCUAAUAUUCGUACAACUGAUCGUUCGAUUUUUAUGAAAGUGUCCAGCGCGCACAAAGAGAUUUUCGAUAGCUAUAAUCAUCGUUCAUCUCCGCACGUUCACCCUUCCAGGACUAAAUCUCUCGUCUGUUCGCCUUUUCAGGUCGUCCUCUCGUGCCUCUCGCUGUCGACGCUGGCCCUGCCUGCGUACGGGCCCCAUCAGCAGGUGUAUCAGGUGGCGCACGGAUAUUAUCACGGGCCACCAGCCCCGCUGGGCCACGACGGCCAAGUGGUCGACACGCCGGAAGUGGCCCACGCCAAGAAGGCGCAUUUGUCGGCGCACGCCGAGGAGGCCGCCAAAACGGCGCACUACGGCGGCGGAUUUCCCGCGGACGGAAGUUACGGCGGCGAAUACUCGGACGGGGGUUUCAAAGGCCACGCCGGGGGCUACGCCGAGGGUUACGCCGGAUACCACGGCGUGUACCACGGCCCGUCGGCACCGCUCGGUCACGAUGGACAAGUGGUGGACACGCCGGAAGUGAAACAUGCCAAGGCCGCGCAUCUCGCCGCUCAUCACGCGGAGUUGGCCAAAGUCGCUCAUCUGUCGUACGCGAAACCCUACGCGUACGGCCCAUGUGCAAAGAAUUGUCGCGGUUCUGCGGUGAAAGACUGGCGACGUGCCGAGCUCAAUCACGGCUCAGGAGCACGAGUUCGGAUGUCGAUCGUGCGAAUCGAUCACUCACGAUCGACUGCCACUCCGUCAAGCUCGACUAAACGCCUAAACACGUCGCGCAAAGCCAAUGGGAUGAUUUCAUUGUUAUCGCAGAUCCUCUUCUUCGCGAUGUCGAGCGCUAUUCUGGCGGCUCCACAGUGGUACGGGCCCCAUGGCUCCCCGGCACCGUUGGGCCCCGACGGUCGCGUGGUAGACACACCGGAAGUCGCGCAAUUGAAGGCUGCUCAUCUGAGCGCUCUGGCAGAAGCUAACGCACGCGCACCGAAGGGACCGGGGUCGAUCGGCGCUUACGCCGGGCCCGGCGGAUACGCUGCCAGAAACUACAUUGCGCAUUACAGCGGACCACCGGCCCCGCUGGGCCCGGACGGCCGCGUGGUCGACACGCCCGAGGUUCAGCAAGCCAAGGCCGUACAUUUCUCUCUCUACAAUGCGGAAGCGCGGCGCGUGCCGGUCGGUCCAGCCGAUCCAGUUGCCGUUGGCGCCUACGAUCCAUCCUGGAACAAUGGCGUCUACAAUCCCGCUUGGGACGGCCCGGCCAGCAGCUACUAUUAAUUCGACUCCGAGGAAAUCGGAUCAGGACCAUCCCGGACCGAUCGCGCGAUCGGUCGCGCCGGACUCGUGAUCCUCGACGUGAUCCUCCCCACCUACCUCAAGAAUUGGAAGACUAAGAUAGAUGUUACUAACUACCUCUCCCCCGAGAUCAGAUCGAACAAACGAUUCCCCCUCGCCGACCCUCCAGUCACAUCUCCCAAUGGUUCUACCCGCGUCUACAUAUUCAGCACCGCGCUUCGUGCAUCUCCUAUUUGUCGCGCGCGCGAGUAUGGCACUUGUACUUUCGGUGUAUGUGAUGGAAAAAAUA